AUGUCCCUCCCUCGGGCCUCCAAUCCCUUCCGAACCUCAAACAAACACCGCAGUUACUCUCGCCUAAGCUGCCAAAUAUCCGGAUCCACGAUCCCCCGCGGAUCUAAUCGCAUCACCACCAACACACCCGGACCAGCCCCAACAUCACGAACCAACACCAAACGACCCUUCCACACAACUUCCCCCUUCCUCCGCGGCGCCCCUCGCUCCCCCAGCGUCCGAAGAGCCGAAGAUGCGCGCUCGCGCCUCAGCCCCGCGUUCUCGGGCGACGGGCUCUACCAAGGCGGCGUAAAGAACGACAUCCGCGCUCGUCUCGAACAAUUGGAGAAAAUUGGGCCGAAGCUCUGGAGACUCAGUAUCGUGGAAGGGUUCGUGGAUGAGAAUGUUGAUCGGAAGACGUUCAUGGAGAUCGCUAAGUCCUUGCUUAUGAAUUCGACGUAUCAGCCUCCGUCCGCGGAUGCGGUUUUGGAGGUUCAUCCAAACCCCGACCUCGUCUUCGAAAUCGGCAACGUAGUCGGCAGCGACUCCCCCUCCCUCAUGCAAUGGAUCAUCUCGUCCACCGCACAAGCCGGCGCCGCCAUCCCAACCCUCAUGUCCGCAGGCCGAGCGCUCGCCAUCGCCGACAACAGCAGCCACACGAACCUCCCCAGCACGCGCCGCAGCACAAUCUUCCAAACGAUCGAGAAACUCGCCUCCUCCUACGAUCCGCGCGCCAUGAUCCUCCAAGCCAAGUUCCUCGGCAUGCAAAAGCGCUACGACGAAGCCGAGCACCUCCUCAAAUCCGUCAUGGACAUGAUCCACCCCUCCAAAACCCAGCAACCGCCCGUCCGUAGCAUGGCUGUACCUUUGGUCGACACCCCCUGGGCCGCGUAUACCUGGCUCAAGCGACGCAGGGGGGCCCCGGAGUCCGAGAUCCAGGAACUGCUUAAAACAGCAGCGCUCGAGUACCAGGACCCCGAGGCGCUAGUCACCUACGCGGGGCAGAUGAUGCACGAGCAUAACGACCUACCUCUGUACGAAGAAUACAUGGCCAAAGCCGCCACGUCGGGGCACGCGACCGCAUGUCGCAAACUCGCCAACUUCUACUACCUCACCUCUCAAGGCCGGUUUCCGCGCCGCGGCACCAAAUCCACAGAUCCCGAGGGCGACUUCGCGCGCGAAACCCAAGCGGCGCGGACCCGUGGCCCGCUCGGCAAGUUCCUGGCGGGUCUGUUCGGCCCGCAGCCGUAUCAUGAGUAUCGCGGGUUAGCGAUCGAGUGGUACGAGUUGGGAUUUCGGCAUGGGUGUCCGAAGGCGGCGUUGGCGUUGGCGAUCCUGAUGAGGGAGAACGGACAUGAUCGGGAGCAGGUGGAGCAGGUGUUUCAGUUUGUGGUGAGCUCGAAGCAGAUGGCGGGGUUGAUUCGGUCGGUAAGGAUCAAUUGGGAAAGGGAGGAUUAUGUGCCUGUCGUGCCGGAGGAGAUGUUGGAUCUCUAG